AUCAUGAUCACAUAAAUAAAAAAAGAUUCAACCCUUAACCCUUCUUCAAAUGAUAACAAUUCACUCUUUCACCGUUCAUCAGUGCAGAUGACCAAAAAUUUUACCAGUCCCCGGGAUUGAGUGAGCCUGAAAGAAACCCUUUUUCAGUUCCAUACCAUUUUGGUUGCUGUGAAAAAAAAACACAAACAAUCGAAACCUUAACUGGUGCAUUGCGUAUAUGUAUGCAGAUUGCAGUUGCAGACACUAAACAUUCGACGCAACAAUAACACUCUCCUCAGUCCUCUCUCUCUCUCUCUCUCUCUCUCUCUCUCUCUCUCUCUCUAUUCAAUUCUCCAUCUCAUUUUUCUACCAUUUUCUACCUAUCUUUGCCAACCCCACUUUCAAUUUCUAAUCUUUCUUGAAAAUCCCCAAGAACCCCUGUUUUCCCUUGGUUUUUGUUGAUCUGGGUCGGUGUCAGAUCUCAAUUUGGAGUAUUGGGUGUGUGUGGUUGAAUUCCAAUGUCGCAAGGUUACGCAAUUGAGCUUUAUUUGGACCCUGCGCUAGAAAACCAGGUUUUGAAAGCAUGGAACGUUCUUGCUCGGAGACAAAUCAGCACACAGUUGAUCGAAAUGGAAUCACGACCUCACAUCACACUCUUCUCCACACCAUUCAUCGACCCUUCAAAGCUUGAGUCACUGGUCAAGACCUUCGCUUCAAAGCAAGAGCCUUUGCCUCUCUCGUUCUCUUCAAUUGGUACACUCCCUAAUGACAACAACGUCCUCUUCCUCUCACCAACACCUUCAGUGUCAUUGCUUCAGUUUCAGUCACAGCUCUGUGAUGCUAUCAAGAAGGAAGGCAUUGACAUUGGUGAAGACUAUGCAUUCAAUUGUUGGAUCCCUUAUUGUUCCGUUGCUCAUCAUGUUCCCAAAGCGAGGAUGGCUGAGGCUUUCUCUGUUUUAAGGGACUUGAAAUUGCCCGUUAAUGGUUAUGCUACUGACAUUGGCCUUGUUGAGUUUUCCCCAGUUCGUGAGCUCUUCUCCUUUGUGCUUGGCAACAAUGUAGAGCCAUGAGCUUUUCGCUACUACUUUUGCAAAUAUGUGAAGUGUCACCAAGCAACUUGGAUGAUGAAAGGAGCUGUUGUGGAUUGGUUUCGAAUUAUCCAAGUGGAGCAAGCUUGUUUGCAAUAAUUGAGCUUCAACUGAAGCAACGGUUGUUCAACUUUGAAACUGGUGGGCGAUUCCAUUAUUGUUUUCAGCCAAAGACUCUCUUGAAGUUCAAUUGAUAAAAGAUAAAUAAUGUCUUGUUUUAUCAGCAUCAAUAUUUAAGCUUUGGUAUUGGAAGGUGAUGUGUAAGAACUAAGAAAUGUGAUUAUCAUUAACGAAUUAGAUGAGUAACAGCCAAGUGCAUUGAGUCUUAAACUAGAACCUAGUUUAUUACUUUAUCAUAUGAUAAGAGAUCCAAGAGAAAGAAGGUAACUUCUAUACUACGUCUUUUUUUUUCUCUCCCAAACAUUCAUAUGAAAGUUGAUCAUACAUAUAAG